AUGCAGGACCUCUCAUGUCCCGUCUGUCUGGAGAUCUUCACCGACCCAGUGUUUCUGUCCUGCGGUCACAGCUUCUGUAGGACGUGUUUACAGCAGAGCUGGACGGAGAGUUCAGGAAGAGUGUGUCCUGUCUGCAGGAGACGGUCAUCUAGAGAUCAUCCUCCUCCAGAUCUGGCUCUGAGGAACGCCUGUGAGUCCUACAAGCAGCAGAAGAGAAGCAGUGAUUCAGGUUCUCAGGGUCUGCUGUGCUCUCUGCACUUUGAGAAGCUCAGUCUGUUCUGUGUGGAUGAUCAGAAGCUGGUGUGUGGACAGUGUGUGUCUCAGGAUCAUCAGAGUCACAGUUUCUGCUCCAUCAUCAAAGCUGCUGGUCCACACAAGGAAAAGAUACAGACCUGUCUAACAGAGCUGGAGAAGAAGCUUCAGAUUUUCCAAAAAGUUAAAGUUUUCAGUGACCAGGCAGCUGCACAUAUUAAGUCUCAGGCCCAGAACACAGAGAGGCAGAUAAAGGAGGAGUUUGAGAAGCUUCAUCAGUUCCUCAAAGUGGAGGAGGAGGCCAGAAUCACUGCUCUGAGAAAGGAGGAGAAGGAGAAGAGCCAGAGAAUGAAGAAGAAGACUGAAGAACUGGACAGUCAGAUAAAAGAUAUCAGUGCUAGAAUUGCAGAAUCAGAGGAGAAGCUAAAGGAUGAUGCUCUGGUUCUGCAGGACAUCCAGACAACAUGUGAAAGUUCCAGUGAUUCUGGAUCCGAACACUGCAAACCCCUCCCUCAGUCUAUCAGCAGAUCUGAGCAGUGUCUCACACUCUACCGAAAACCCUCAACUUCCAGACAAUCCAGAGAGGAUGAGUGGGUAUAAUGGAGUUCUGGGUUCUGAAUGGUUCUCCUCAGGAACUCACAGCUGGGAGGUGGAGGUUGGAGAUGGUGAAGAGUGGGUUGUAGGAGUGGCUGAAGAGUCCGUCAGCAGAAAAGAAUGU